UGCAGACUCCUGGACCUGGGGGGCUGCUGGGUUUUGGAGAGGCCCCAGCGAGGGACGCCGCGGGUCACUUCGGCCGCCGGUCCCCGGGCGGGGAGGGCCCAACCUAGGAGAGAGGGGGCGUCCCUUGCCCCGCCUGUCCUGCCCUGUGCCCCUUCCUUGCCCUGUGGGGUCGCUGGCCGGCCCGUGGGUGUGCCCGCUCCCCCUCCAUGCCAACGUGGCGGGGGCCGCGCCAGGAGUGUAAUCGGAUCUGCCCGUGGGGAUGGCUGAGGAGAGGGGAGGUGGAUGGACUGGCUCUUUGCAAGUGGAAUUGUGUCUGCCUGGGUGGAUGUGCUGGCGCCUGGCACUACCGAGUACAUGGUGGCGGCAUCCGUGCCCUGUGCGGGUGGCGGUGACCUGCGAGGGUGGUUGGCGCCGGAGGCGGUCGGGGCUGCAUCAUGAAUGGUGUCCACGCCUUGCACACAGAUGAGGAAGCUGAGGAAAGGAGCAGUUCUGUAACUGGCCCACGGACACAAAGCUAGCCCCGGGCUCUUUCAUGGCUCUUGGGAGGACUUUGGAUUUGAUAGCAUGGCAGCAUUGGUAGGAGGACUUGUUUGACAGCUGUCUGUGGGCAAAUGACCUCCGCCCUCCAGGUCUCUCCUCAUCUGCAGGCUGUUUGGUAAUGUAAGAAAUCAUCAGAAACUGGCUUGGCACCCGUAGCACAGUGGUUACGGUGCCAGCCACAUAUACCAUGGGUGUGCGGGUUCGAACCCAGCCUGGGCCAGCUAAACAACAAUGGCAACUGCAACAAAAAAAUAACCGAGCUCAGCCUCACUGCCAAAAUGAAGCCGAUCCUGCUUCAGGGCCAUGAGCAGUCCAUUACGCAGAUUAAGUAUAAUCGCGAGGGAGACCUCCUCUUCACCAUGGCCAAAAACCCUAUCAUCAAUGUAUGGUACUCUGCAAAUGGUGAGAGGCUGGGAACCUAUAUGGGGCAUACUGGAGCCGUGUGGUGUGUGGAUGCUGACUGGGAUACCACGCAUGUCCUCACUGGCUCAGCUGACAACAGCUGUCGUCUCUGGGACUGUGAAACAGGCAAGCAACUGGCCCUACUCAAGACCAAUUCAGCUGUCCAGACCUGUGGUUGUGACUUUGGGGGCAACAUCAUCAUGUUCUCCACAGACAUGGGCCACCAGUGCUUUGUGAGCUUCUUUGACCUGCGGGAUCCAAGCCAGAUUAACAACAAUGAGCCCUCCAUGAAGAUCCCUUGCAAUGACUCCAAAAUCACCAGUGCUGUUUGGGGACCCCUAGGGGAAUGCAUCAUUGCCGGCCAUGAGAGUGGAGAGCUCAACCAGUAUAGUGCCAAGUCUGGAGAGGUAUUGGUGAAUGUUAAGGAGCACUCCCGGCAGAUCAAUGACAUCCAGUUAUCCAGGGACAGGACCAUGUUUGUCACUGCAUCCAAGGACAACACAGCCAAGCUAUUUGACUCAACGACCCUUGAACAUCAGAAGACCUUCUGGACAGAACAUCCUGUCAACUCUGCUGCUCUCUCCCCCAAGUAUGACCACGUGGUGCCGGGUGGUGGUCAGGAAGACAUGGAUGUAACCACAACCUCCACUAGGAUUGGCAAGUUUGAGGCCAGAUUCUUCCAUUUAGCCUUUGAAGAAGAGUUUGGAAGAUUCAAAGGUCACUUUGGACCUAUCUGAAGUGUUGCCUUCCAUCCUGAUGGCAAGAGCUACAGCAGCAGUGGAGAAGGUGGUUACGUCGCAUCCACUACUUUGACUCACAGUACUUCGAGUUUGAGUUUGAGGCGUAAGAAGUUGGAUCUCCAUCUAGGCCAGGGUGGCUGCUCACAGAAAGUUUUGGACUCUGAGAAAUAAAUAAAUUUGGUAAUAAAUAAAAAAAAAAUAGCCGAGCGUUGUGGUGGGUGCCUGUAGUCCCAGCUACUUGGGAGGCUGAGGCAAGAGAAUUGCCUUAAGUCCAAGAGUUAGAGGUUGCUGUGAGCUGUGACAACAUAAUGAGACUCUGUCUCAAUAAAAAAAAAAAAAAAAGAAAGAAAUUAUCAGAAACUUAGCGACUUAAAACACAAAUUGAUUAUCUUACAGUUUUGGAGGUCAGAAGUCCAAAGUGUAUU